CAGUCUCAAAACAUGAAUUCGAAGGCGAAUACCACCGCCAUGGAGACCGUCGCGGACAUCGGCAUCGUCGGCGGCGGCGUCCUCCCGUAUGUGCCCCAGUACAUCUACAUGGCUCGGUACAGCGACACCUCGGGCUUUUCGUCGAUGGUGUGCUUGAUCUUACUGGCCGCCAACAUGACGCGCGUCUGCUUUUACGUGCGGUCGCCGUUUGAAGCGACGCUCCUCGUGCAGAGCGUCGUUAUGAUGGCCGCGCAGCUCCUCAUGCUCGAGCUCGUCGUCCGCAAAGGCCGACGACCCACGACGGACCCGCCGCUUCGUCUCGUCCACUGGAGCCGCCAUGCGUUUUGGAAAUGGAGCUACUUUUCCGACUACCUCGGUGCGCUCAGUCUCUUGACGUGUCUGGCGUACGUCCUGUUUGUGUCGCUCUUCCCGAGCAGCGACGAGUACACGCAGCUCGUCGGCAUCGUCGCACUCGGCACCGAGGCGUGUCUCGGCCUCCCCCAAGUCCACAAAAACCACAAGCGCCGGUCCACAGACGGCGUCAGCUACACGAUGGUCGUGGGGUGGGCAUUUGGCGACGUCUUCAAGACCAUGUACGCCCUCCACACGUCCAGUCCGCUGCAGUUUGUGCUCUGCGGCGCGACCCAGACGCUCGUCGACGGCGUCUUGGUGCUGCAGAUACUCUGCUUUGCCCGGCAUGCCCGCUUUCGCCUUAACGACGUUGCGUAUGCGCCGAUCAAGGGCCUUGCCAAGGAAGAGACGCUCCAAGACAAGGGCACCGAGAGCUCGAGCACCGGGCGCCGACAGAGCACGACGAUCACACCGCUGUAACAAGCUCUUCAUUAACAUUAGAUAUCCUUCCACGAGGUGCCCGUGGUCGUCGUUGUGUCUAU